AUGAGCAAGAAACAUGCAUUGUCAGUUCCACUUUGUUUGAAUCCCAACACAGGAGCCAUCACCACGCAAUUUCAUAUUGUAUUUGAUCCUACCUUCUCGACCGUGGCAACAAAUGUUGACGACCUACCUGAUUUUGGUUCGGAAGCCUGGUCCAAACUCUUUGGAGACUCCGUCUACCAAUAUGUUCUGGAUGAUCCCGAGGACCCAUUGCAUCCACCUGAUCCCACCGACGAUCCUCCUCCACCUUUAACUGCAAGAGUCCGAGAACAAACAGAAGUUCACAACCCGCCCACUCCAUUGGACGUUGUUCCGCCACCUACCAAGCCACAAGUCGAUUCCUCUGGAGCCACCAUACCUUCGAUCCAGAGGGAGACAGUCAUCAAGAAUCCGCCAGCUGUUCCUCCCGUUCAGUUGCCUCCUUCUCAGAGGGAGAAUGUGACCCCUACUCCUACAAAUCCGCCAAAGCCCUCAUCUCCGCCACAGCCAACGCCUCCACCGGCUCGCAAACCGCAACCCACACCAACUUCCAAACCUGCACCCCAGCCAUCAGCCACACGCACAUCUCGCUGA